AUGCAGGCUUCACGUAUUAUAAGGCCUUCGACCAAGUGCAUUCCUUCAGCCCAGGCACGGCAGGCAACUCAACAGUAUAUAAAGUGUCCGGUUCCCCUCAACAUUGGUCUCCCCAUCAUCAUCAACAACUCAGUUCGAUUCAAAUCAAUCAUCAUGUACUUCGCCAAGACCCUCGCUAUCGUCGCCCUCGCCGUUUUCGGUGUUGAGGCCUGCAAGUCCGGAGAGUUUAGCUGCGGGUGGUGGCAGCAACAUCCACUGCGUCUGCUAAAUAAAUUUACAGAAAGCAAGUCAGCCAGGUUUGGGUAG